ACAGCAUCUUCCUAGCCCAUCCUCCACCUCAGCUCGAGAAAUAGCCGCCGAAAGGAUGCCUCCCAAUACUCUCUCCCCUCCUUGUUCGCACCAGCAUCUCCUCAUACCCUAGAGAAUGCGCCUCCUCAACGUCCACACCCUCGAAUUCUCCGUCUACCACUCCACCCCACCACCCUACGCCAUCGCCUCCCACCGCUGGCACCUCGGCCACGAAGCUUCCUACAAAGACAUCCUAAAAAAGCGAAAUACAACUUCCACAGGGUAUAAAAAAGUUUUGGAAUUCGCAGACUUUGUCAGGAAAAAUGUGGGAAAUGUGGAAUGGUUAUGGAUCGAUACGUGUUGUAUCUUACAACAGAGUAGUGAGGAAGUUUCAGAAGCUGUGAAUAGUAUGUUUAAAUGGUAUCGGAAUGCGGUGGUUUGUAUUGCGUGGUUGGAUGAUUUUGGUGGGGUGAGGGAAGGUGGAGGGGAUUUGGGGAUGUUGGGGAGGAGUAGGUGGUUUACGAGAGGUUGGACUUUGCAAGAGUUGGUUGCGCCGAAGACAGUUGUGUUUGUUACGAGGGGGUGGGAGGUGCUGGGGUAUAAGGGGAUUAGAACGGAAGGGUUGAAACAAAUGGCAAUGGGACCGGAGUUGGGGGAGAUUUUGGCAGGUGUCACGGGAAUUCCGGAGCCGGUGCUGAAGGAUUAUGAGUAUGCGAGGGCGAUUGGGGCGGAGCAGAAAUUGGAGUGGAUGAGUGAGAGAGAAACGACGAGGGAGGAGGAUCAGAGUUAUUGUUUGUUGGGGUUCUUUGAUGUUACGAUGCCGGUUAUUUAUGGGGAGGGGAGGGAGAAGGCGAGGAUGAGAUUGUUGGCGGAGAUCAAGAGGCUUAAUGUGGUUCCCGCAAAUCUGGACGAUGAUUUUGAGGUUGUGGAGAAGCCUGCCAUUCGUACUCUCCAUGAAGCGGCGAGUUCGGGCGAUCUGGAAUUCAUCUCUCAGUACCUCGAAGGGCCACCGUCGAGGAGAGAGCAGCUCUGGACCUGGGAUGCUGGAGGGGGUCUUCCACUUCAUCGCGCUGUACGCAAUGAUCAAGCACUGACUUGCAAAUUGCUGAUUGCGUCUAUGAAUGGGAGAACAUGGGAUCCUGUGGACCUGCUUGAUAUGAACGGCAAGAGUCCGGUCGAAUAUGCGUUAUACGACGUUGGCUCCGAGUCAGACGAUGUUCUGAGAGAGUUCCUCACGGACGAAGGGCUAUGCUUCGCGCUGCCAACUAUUCUUACUGUAAGGAAGACGGUUCUGGUUCGCAUCCUGGAAUUGGGUGGCCCAGAUGUUAUUCUCCGAGCGAUCAGAAUCUCAAGAAAGGCCCAACGACCUGCGUUGUUCUCCAAUUUAUUGCAACGCACGCUGGCAACAGUUGUCACUGUUCCACAGUCGGAAAGACUGGUGCCUUCUUUGGCAGCAGAUGUUAUCGGCCUGGCAAACGCGAAUGAGAAGACACUUACCGCGGCCGUAGCAAAGAUGACUGACAUGAUCUAUAAUUGGGCAGUGUCUGAGCGUGUAAAGCGAUUGAUACUGCUACAGAAAGUUACGGGUCUGGAGGUUUUCACUGGCAGUGAUGGGCUCAAUUUUGUCGGAAAAGCAAUUCUUGCCAAUGACACAGCAACUUUGUCCGCCCUACACAAGAUCGACCUGUCGCUCUUUUCGAGGCCUGUGGGCUGGUGGACCGGCGAUCACUUGACUGUCCAAGUUCACGUUGGUGAAUGGCAUCCUCUCCGAUUUGCGGCAUUCCUAGGAUACCCUCAAGCUGUAGAGCUGGUGGCACGGCUGACGGACCCAGAGGAGAACGAUCCACCUCACUUGCGCGCAGUUCAUUAUGCUGCAAUAUAUGCUUACAUGGACGACAAGCGGAAGUCCACCUUUCGCAUACUACGAGAACUCUCCUUGGAGGACGACGAUUCGGAGGAGUCAACCUAUUGUAUUGUCAACUUCGUCGUCACAUGUGAUACCGACUGGUUCGUUCUAGUCUUCCCUCAUUCUCGAGAAGCUGUGAUCGAAGACAUCAAGACCGCCUCGCCAGAGAAGUUCUACUGGGACGCCGGCCAUGUGAGAACCCGUAAAGGGCAAUUCCACACAAGAACAUGCGACAAGUUUAAUAUGCGAGUGAGAACCAAAUGCAUAGAUCGAGGGUCUCCAGACAGCCAGCAAAGUGCGGUAAAUUUGUCUUUCAUGCAUGGCUGGAACAAUUCUGAAGUGCAAGGCGAAAAGGGACGUGUCAUACUCGCACUGGCACCAGAAUCAGAAGCGGACGUUUGGUUUCGGGAGUCAAAUCAGCAUCACUUUAGUCAGAUGGAUGAUAACGCAACAGUAUUGGCGUCGGGGACAAAUUGGAGAGAAAGUGCGCAUAAUCAUCGUGCGUGGCAACUUCGAUGUGAGCAGAAAGUUAUAAGCUCUGUUUAGGACCAUGAAGUUACGCAGAGCUCAAUUAGGACU